UGACCAAUCAGCGCCCUGCUUUCUCUGCCUUGCUGCGCUCUUUGCUCGCUGGCGUGUUUUUUUUUUUUCUUCUCCCAGCGGUGGAUACAGCUCGACUUCUCACGGUGCAAAGUUACAUCAGGAACCAGCGUUAAAAAAAAAAAACGGUUUUGUUAUGUGUAUUGCAUAUCAAAUGCCGUAGACAUUACGGCUGCUUCUUUUCACCGACAAAUGAGAGAGAACACCGAUGUGGUCGUCGAUAGAAGGAGCUGCUGGUUUCGGUUUUUGGAUCAAGGUUGAUGUGUGUUUUUUUCUCUCAGGAUUUCGACAGUUUCCGAGACGUUGGUAACAAUGAUUAAGAAACGUGGCCAGCUGUGGAGCGCAGCAGGCCUGGAUCCUGCCCUGCGACACCAAGGCUGAGGAGUUGCAGAGGAGCGACUAGCCCUCCUUGCCCACCCCUGAAUAUCCCAUCUGGACAUCACCCUCGAUCAGAACUUCCUCAUUAUCACUUCAGCUUCAAGCCAACUGAUCUUUGCUGAUAUUUAACAAGAACCCACAUUCCAGAGACCUCAUUAUUGGUGAAUUUUAUGAAGCCACAAUGAGGAACAGCAGAUCCAGCCUCCUCCUGGGCUGUGUGCUCCUCUGCUCCGCCUCCUUGCUUUACCUGGGCAUGAGUGGUGUAGAGUGCCCUCCAAAAAGCCAUCGUUACAGGUGGAUGGAGCUCAACCUGGGUUUGGCCAAUCAGAGUUUAUCCCUGACUGAACACUUCCCAGAAGACACGCCCCUGAUCUUCAUCGGAGGCUUCCCCAGGAGCGGCACCACGCUGAUGCGCGUCAUGCUGGACGCCCACAGUCACGUGCGUUGUGGGGAAGAGACUCGAGUGAUUCCCCGUCUUCUGGCCAUGCGGGCCACCUGGAGCCGCUCGGUGAAGGAGAGGAUACGGCUCGACGAGGCUGGGGUCACAGACCAGGUGUUGGACUCAGCAGUACGAGCAUUCCUGUUAGAGGUGAUAGUCGGCCAUGGGGAGCCGGCUCCACGCCUCUGCAACAAGGACCCGUUUGCUUUGAAGUCUCUUUCAUAUCUGUCCCGCAUCUUCCCUAAAGGCAAAUUUGUGCUCAUGCUGCGAGACGGACGGGCCACCGUUCACUCCAUGAUAUCACGCAAGGUGACCAUCUCUGGCUUCGACCUGACCAGCUACAGGGACUGUCUGACUAAGUGGAGCAGCGCGGUGGAGACCAUGUUCAGUCAGUGCGAGGCAGCUGGGGAGGACCGGUGUCUGCCCGUCCGCUACGAGCAGCUUGUCCUCCACGCGGAGGAGGAAAUGAGGAAGCUGCUUCACUUCCUAGAUCUGCAGUGGGACCCAUCAGUGCUGCACCAUGAAGAGCUAAUCGGAAAAGCUGGUGGUGUUUCUUUGUCCAAGGUGGAGCGCUCUACCGACCAGGUGAUGAAGCCAGUGAACACUGAAGCGCUCUCUAAGUGGGUUGGGAACAUUCCCUCUGACGUGUUGAGUGACAUGGCGGAAAUUGCGCCCAUGCUAGCUCGUCUGGGUUACGACCCCCAUGCCAACCCCCCCGACUACACAAGAGCUGCGCCUGUGCUGCCUUCAUACAACUACUCACAGAGUUUGAAGGCAACAGAGACGCCACACCCCAGUUAGGUGCGGAGAAGAAACUGCUCUUUAUUAGGCUUUGCAAAUGGAUGCACCUUAAACUCGGACUUCCAGUUUGGCAGUGAUCUCACCUCACAGGAAUGCUUUUUAAUUGUUCCACGUUUAUUUUACAAUUGUUUUUAAGAAUUGUACGCAAUGUUGAGAACAAUACAUGGUGGAGAGACCAAAACAUGGACUAACCAGGUGUUUUCAGGUUUAUGUCUCUGAUAUAAAUGACACGAGGACUAUCUGUCACAGGAAGUCUGCUGCUUCUCACACCUCUUAACGUUGAAGUAAGAGAUUUAAACCUCAUUUUUAUGUGUCCUCUCACCUCGUACCAGAAAGUAUUUCUACAUGUUUGUAUGUUAUGAUUCACCACAAAUGUGAAUGUGUCAUGAGACAAAUCUGUCACUUACUGAGAGCUCAGUCAAUGUUAAUGAAGCAUAAUGACUGUAUAUUUUUGAAGAUGUAUGUUUAUUUUCUUAAUAAAUUAUUUUGGUGUUGAUCAUUUA